CGUCCUCUCAGAGAACCGAGAGCUGCAGACCCGUCCGAGCCGGGACCGUGUCAGUGAGUCUGUGUGUCUCUCUGUGUGUGUGUGAGGAGAGCUGCAGCUGAACAACCAGCCGUCCCGAGGUUUAAGGUGGGAGGAGACAGAGAAAGAGAAAUCCAGAGAGCCAGAGAGAGAGAGACAGAGAGGUCCUCCCGUCCGCUGCGACGCACCGCGCAUUUCGGAGGAGACCGCACCAUGGCAACCACUACUUGUACGCGUUUCACGGAUGAAUACCAGCUGUACGAGGAGCUUGGCAAGGGGGCCUUUUCAGUGGUGCGCCGCUGUGUCAAACUCUGCUCAGGCCAAGAGUACGCCUCCAAAAUCAUCAACACCAAAAAGCUCUCGGCCAGAGAUCAUCAGAAACUGGAGAGAGAAGCCAGGAUCUGCAGAUUGCUCAAGCACUCCAACAUCGUUCGUCUCCAUGAUAGUAUCUCAGAGGAAGGCUUCCACUACCUCCUCUUUGACCUGGUGACAGGAGGCGAGCUGUUUGAGGACAUUGUGGCCAGAGAGUACUACAGUGAAGCAGAUGCCAGUCACUGUAUCCAUCAGAUUCUAGACAGUGUGUCUUACACCCACCAACAUGAAAUAGUGCACAGGGACCUCAAGCCGGAGAACCUGCUGCUGGCCAGCAAGUGUAAGAACGCAGCGGUGAAGCUGGCCGACUUUGGGCUGGCUAUCGAGGUUCAAGGAGAACAGCAGGCGUGGUUUGGCUUCGCAGGGACUCCCGGCUACUUGUCCCCAGAGGUGCUGAGGAAGGAGGCGUACGGUAAACCGGUCGACAUCUGGGCAUGUGGUGUGAUCCUCUACAUCCUUUUGGUUGGAUAUCCUCCGUUCUGGGACGAGGACCAGCACAAGCUCUACCAGCAGAUCAAAGCUGGAGCGUACGACUUUCCCUCCCCAGAGUGGGACACGGUGACUCCGGAGGCUAAAAAUCUGAUCAACCAGAUGCUGACUAUCAACCCCGCCAAGAGAAUCACUGCCCAGGAGGCUCUGAAGCACCCAUGGGUCUGCCAACGCUCCACGGUGGCCUCCAUGAUGCACAGACAGGAGACAGUCGAGUGCCUGAAGAAGUUUAACGCCAGGAGGAAACUCAAGGGCGCCAUUCUGACCACCAUGCUGGUCUCCAGGAACUUCUCUGUGGGUCGGCAGACUACAGCACCGGCCUCCGUCAGCAACGUGCCUGGAACCACCGCCGGCAUCGUGGAGCAAGCAGCCAAGAGUCUCCUCAACAAGAAGGCUGAUGUCAAGCCGCAGACAAACAGCACGAGAAACAGCAUAGUCACCAGUCCCAAAGGCAACACAACCUCUGCUGCACUGGAGCCUCAGAUUACUGUUAUCCAUAAUCCACUAGAUGGGACCAAGGAAUCAUCUGACAGCAGCAACACCACGAUCGAGGAUGAAGAUGUGAAAGCUCGCAAACAGGAGAUCAUAAAGAUCACAGAGCAGCUGAUUGAAGCUGUCAACAAUGGAGACUUUGAGGCGUACGCGAAGAUCUGCGACCCCGGUCUGACCUCGUUCGAGCCGGAGGGGCUGGGUAAUCUGGUGGAGGGAAUGGACUUCCACAGAUUCUACUUUGACAAUCUCCUCUCCAAGAACAGCAAACCCAUCCACACCACCAUCCUCAACCCCCACGUGCACAUGAUCGGGGACGAGGCGGCGUGCAUCGCCUACAUCCGCCUGACGCAGUUUGUGGACGGGCAGGGCCAACCCCGCUCCAGCCAAUCAGAAGAGACCAGAGUAUGGCACCGCAGGGAGAGCCGGUGGCAGAAACGUCCACUUCCACUGCUCAGGAGCUCCUGCCGCUCCGCUGCAGUGAUGAGGUACAUGAUCCUGAUGAGGAGGCCGAGAGGAGCAGAGAAGGAAUAAGUGGAUAAUCUGAGAGAGAGGUGCAGGUGGAUGGAGACGGAGACGGAGACGGAGACGGAGGGGCGGCUUUAAGGAGUCUGAAGAGUCUGAUUUUUGGGGAUGGUGAUCGUCGUCGUCGUCCGGCAUUCUGCACACCCACCUCGCUCUUCUCUCACCGCCUCUCUACUACACCAACAACAAACAGUCCCAUCAUUAAACCUACCACCACAGCAGAGGGCACAUCAGCCAAAAGAACUCUUUCGCCUGCGUCUUUGUCUUCAGUUCGUCGCUGCAGCAGCUGGACAACACCUGUCCUCCUCCUCUCCUGUUGAAGAUUCACCCUUCUCCUUCUCCUUCAAACAUGAAAUCAUUGUUACUUAACUUCUAGUAUUAUUAUGGCUGCAGUCUGUCGUUGUGCUCUUUCAGAUGUACAGUAUAUUUAUUAGUCAUUUUCAACCUUUUCUUCUUGUUUUUUUUAUGACGAGCAUGACUCCUACCUGUGUUCUUAUUACCAGUGGCUGUUUUUCUGCACGAUUAAAGGCUGCCUGUGUGAAAUGAACAAACACGUGUCUCACAGAGAGGGAGACCGGUGGGCGUAUUUAAUCAUACCUUUUUUGUUUGGUUAUUCAAUGGAGCUUUUAUUUCUUUUGUCUGGAGUGUAGUUGACCCUGAACCGACGCCUCCGUGUGCUGACCGGACCCUCCAGCCGCUCUGUGAGACAGUGAACUACCGUGCAGCAUGCUAACACGUUACUGUUGAUUAUUGCAAGCUAACUACUGAAAUUAUGACAAUGGUUGAAAUUAUAGUAUUUAUGUAAAUUUACAGUUUCAUCGUGGUGACUUGACUACAAUUAUGCUGUAGAUGGUAUUUAAUUGCAUGAUAUUCCAAGUUAAUAACCUUGGUGAGUUGGGUGUUAUCGUGCAUUUUGUUGAUUUCUCUCUUUUCUUUUUUGGACUGAACUGCUGGUGAGCUUUAAUCUAUUGCCUCUUUUCUGGGCUUUGUAAGUGCAUAAACUAUUUUUGUGUUGAUAUGAUAGUUUAGUAUAUGAGGAUACUGGUGAGGAUCAUGACAGAAUAUGCCUUUUAAAGAAAUCGCUGGAUCCAGAUCAGUUUUAAAACGGCUCUUUACUGCAUCAAAGAUAAAAGAAAAUGUAUUUUUUAGAGCAGACCAGACUGAGGAAAACGUCUCUAUUCAGAUUUCACAUCAGGGUCUUAAUUUAGAUUAUUCACUGCUUUUUAAAAUGCAGCUUUUUCGUGAAGUUUCGUGAAAUAAAACAAAUAAUCAAUAUAGUAUAAUAAACUGAUAAUAAAUUGUUAUCGUCUCUUAUCAGCAAUGAUACAAUAUAGAAUUUAUAAUUAUUUCAUAUUACACAAACUCGUGAUUAAAUAACAUAAAUUAUAGCAUUAUUAUUAUUAUCAAGUCAUUGUUUAACAGUAAAAUAACUAUUAACUCACUUUAAUUAACAAUCAAUUUAUCAUUUAUUGAUGAUGGCUAUUAUGAAGUGUUACCUAAUUAUUUAUUCAGUCGUGAUAAUGCAGCUCUCCCCAAGAGGGCGCCAACGUCUAACAACAGAGAAUUACUGUAAAUCUGUCGUCAAUACAGGAUUCAAAAUACUAAUCUGAUCUGAUCAGAGUGAGAGAAGACGAAGACAAACUAACACAGACAGUCAGUUUGACGUCAAACAGCAUUUACAGGAUUUAUUUACGAUUGUUUUGGCUCAAUUUUCAAUGUGCAAAACUUUUAUUACAAUAAAUAAAAUCAUGCAAAUAAAAGUACAGUUGAUGAAAUAGAAUAAAAAUGUCCAACAAUAAAAGAUAAAGAUAUAUUAAUAAUAACAGUAAUAAUAAUAAACAGUUAAAUAAACUAAUAAUUCAAAAUAAAACGUACUAAAUAAAAUUAUUUUACCCUUUGUGUGAAGCACCUUGAGAUUUCGCUGUAUUUUAAAGUGUGCUAUAUAAAUGUAAUUUAUUAUUAUUUAUUGUUAUAUUAAAACAUUUGGGCUAACAUUAGUAAUUAAAUGUUUUGAAAAUUAAAAAAAAAAUUAUAAUCUUUGAAUCUUUGUAUUCUGAGGAGUGGACAUGUGAUUUUGUGCAUUUUGUGGUUAAAUGUAAUAGUUUAACGAGUCAGUUUAUACAUUAAAACUGAGCCAAACUAACGUGAAAUACUGUAAAUCUAACUCACAAUGGAUCCUGUGUUUUAGUCGCAUUAACUAACCCGAGUCUGCAGGAUGUUUUUGGUGUAUUUUGUCACCAAUUGUACCAUGAAACUCCCAUAUAGGGCCUUCCUGUCCAGUCUAAACCCUGAUAGUAUCAGUGCUUUAAUGGGAUUACUGCUCACUUUAAGGUCAUAUCCUCUUCUGCAAACAAUCCUUACUCCAUUUCUUAGUAUUUAUUAGUAUAUGGCCAGGUGUAAUACAACUUGAACUCUACUUUAACUGCUUCAGAAGAGCCUCGUACGGUUUAUGUUCCUUGACGAUCAGGAGACGACUGAGUGACAGUAACCGAACGCUGCUGUGUGUUAAACAAAGCUUUCUCUUUUUUUAAAUUUUAUUAUACCGAUAACGAUGAUGUGCAUUCCAAGUCUUAUCAAUAUUAAACUGUGCUCAGAUGUAAUCAGUGUGUGAACCAAUAAAAUGACAAUGCAGAGAGCGCAUCA